AUGAAAUUACCAAGUCUAUUUCGCUCAUUAUUCUUCCUAUACACCAUUCUAAGCGUCAACGCGUUAUCUGUUGUCGAUAAACGAGCCAUCAUCACUACCAGCCCACAAUUAUGUGCAGGAGACUUGGAUUCUGUAGGAAUACAGUUAGGACAAUUACAAGCCGCCGUUAUUACUGGCGGUGUGCUUAAUAUCAAACAUGACUACAAUACCGUCAGUAGUCAGCUGGAUGCAGCUCAAGACAGCUGCUGUGCCCUGAAUCAACAAAUGGUUGCGUCCACCACGGAUGCAAACAUGUUAUUACAAUCCUUAGCGGCUGUGACACCCAAAGCGCAGAAUGCUUUAACAGAAAUUAAGAACAGGGAAACCAACUACAACUUUUUGACAAGACUAUUUGUAAAGUCUUAUUUGAAAAACUUGGAUAGAAAGACAGCUGCUUUACAGACAUGCUUUCAGCAAUUUAUGCCAGCUGCUAAUGCAACCACUGUACAAGCUUAUUUCAAUGACAUUGAUGCAGCCUUCAAUGCAACCAAGUCUGCCUAUGGUAUUUAA